GCCGUCUGCCAUGCUGCUUUCACCAGCCGCGUCCAAUGCGAGCCUCCCCGGCUCAUCGCAGGGCUUCUGGGGCCGCUUCAAAAGCCCCAAGAGCAACAAGGAUGCUGAAAUCAUGCGCGAUCGCCAGGCUCAGCUUGCCCUCACGCGCCAACGUCUCCUCACCCUCGCCUUCGAAGACAUGGAGACCGUCCGGAUGCUCCCUCAAUCAUUCCUAGAACUCGAGUCCCUCGCGAGAGACUGGAUCAAGCCCCCGCCAGAUAUGCCCAUCAGUUUGCGCGUGCCUAUAGAAUAUGCUUCGCUUCACGCAGCGCGUUUGGUAGCGGGUCCAUAUAUCUAUUUGACGAGCGAGGACUCGUAUCAAAUCGCCUGCAUGGGAGUGCAAGGCCUGCGAGUCGAGGUGGUGUGUGACAGCCCACCACCGCCGGACGAACCUCCUCCGCCUCCACCGCCGCCGGUGCUGGAGAUGCCGGCGACGUUCAACCUGGAGCUCUCGCCGGGGCAGAACGUCGCGCUGGACACGACGAUCAACUCGGACGAGAUGGACAUGGCGCGCAUGGAGGACGGGACGACCGUGGACGGCUCGUUCUGGGGCAAGCUCGACAUCGUGCACGACGGGGACGUGCACAAGAUGGAGUUUUCCGGGACGCGCAUCCAGAACACGGAGAACGUCUCGACGGAUCUCAUCGUCGACUCGCGCAUCAUCAACAAGCUCGCCGUCGCUGCGAAGCCGGCCACCGCGCGUUGCCAUCUUGGCAUUCUUGCGCCCGCGCAACAGUACUGCGAUGUUAUUCUGUCGUUCUCGCCGUACUGGAAACUCGGCACCAGCUGGCCGCCCGCGGAGCCUGUUGCCGAGAAUAAGGUCAAAUAUUUCCUCCGCGUCCACCCCGGCGGUGCGGUCGAGCAUUUCGAAACGGAGAUGACAGCGACGUCGCUGUAUUACGAGGCGAUACCUGAACCAGGCAUGCUGGACCCGCAAGAGUUCAUAUCGCCUCGGAACGGCUUCGCCAUGACGUUCCGCGACUUCGUACCCCAUCUCAUGCGCGUCCUCGACCAGCUCGGGAUGUCGCUUUUCGCGCGGACGAACUUCAUCAACAAUAACAUGAACGCCUUCUCCGCACAUCGUAACAUUGCGUACCGUUUCAUGCAGCCUCACAAAAUCGCCGCGGCGAUCGACAUCUCAGUGACGGUCGAGAACUGCGUGUUCACGCGGCUGUUCCUGAUGUUCCGCGGGCUCACGGACGACGAGCUCAGCAUGUUCGCGGGCGCUGGCGAGAAGGAGGCGAACCAGGUCAACUGGCGCGACCGCGUUGGAUGGUCCGAACUCAGUAAGGACUCGACACAGUUCCGCCUCCUCGAGACCUCCGUACUCGAGGUGACGUAGACCGCGAUGCCCCGUCCAAGUCCCGCCUUUCUUUUCUUCACUGCGACAUCCUUCUCCUUUCACUUCAAUACCUCGCGAUUCCCCGAUUCCCCGUUUUGAUCUACAUCCAUGCUGCAUUCCUCCCUUGGUUGUGUGCUGUUUCCCUCCCCUUCCUGGUCUCUCCAUCACUGUAGUCUUAUCGCUCAAUUAGUGUUGUAAUCCGCGCGCAGGUGCGCUGUUUCCCGAUUCCGCGUUCCCGCACUACUUCCCGCCCGUCCUCUCUGUAGCGGAAUACCUUAUCCUCCUCAUAUCCCUCCACUCUGUGCCCAUCUACUUGCCUCCCGACGGACAGUCCUGCUCGCUGCUCUGUUACGCUGUCGUUGUACCUAGUACCCUCAUGAUCAUGCCCAUGUAGCCGUGCACGUCUCCCGCCCUCCCAUCUCGUCUUGCGCUCUAUCUCUUUCUUUCCCUCUAUCCACGUUCCUGCCUUCUUUCAUACACUGCGAAGUACUGCGUACAUAAUGGAUACU